UCUGCACCCAAGCCCCCACUGGUACAUACAGGAGCAAAGACAGGCAAGGACUAGGAAAAAGGAGAGGAGGCUGGAGACAGGCUGCCAGAGGGCUCAGAAGCCCAGCUCACUUCCCUGUCCCAACACUGUCCACCUGCUGCUGUGGCCACAUCAACAGAAGAGACAGUUAGCAAGACAGGAAGUGAGGCCCGGUACCUUGUGGACAGUAGUGUCACUAGCUGUGACACCUAAGAUGUCUCAAGAGAUGGAAGAGCUUACCCAAACCAGGUUACAGAAGAUCUGGAUUCCACACAGCAACGACAGCAGUGGGCUGCAACGGAGGCGGGGCUCAACCAUACCCCAGUUUACCAAUUCCCCCACAAUGGUGAUUAUGGUGGGUUUACCCGCUCGAGGAAAGACUUACAUCUCUUCGAAGCUCACCCGAUAUCUGAACUGGAUAGGAACACCAACUAAAGUAUUUAAUUUAGGUCAGUAUCGACGAGAGGCAGUGAGCUACAAGAACUACGAAUUCUUUCUCCCAGACAAUACGGAGGCCCAACUUAUCAGGAAGAGGUUUGCUCUGGCAGCCCUGAAGGAUGUCCAUGAUUAUCUCAGCCAUGGGGAAGGUCAUGUUGCGGUUUUUGAUGCCACCAACACUACUAGAGAACGACGGUCACUGAUUUUGCAGUUUGCUAAGGAACAUGGUUACAAGGUGUUUUUUAUUGAGUCCAUCUGUAAUGACCCUGGCAUCAUUGCAGAGAACAUCAGGCAAGUGAAACUCGGCAGCCCUGAUUACAUAGACUGUGACCGAGAAAAGGUUCUGGAAGACUUUCUAAAAAGAAUUGAAUGCUAUGAGCUCAAUUACCAACCCUUGGAUGACGAACUGGACAGCCACCUGUCCUACAUUAAGAUCUUCGACGUGGGCACGCGCUACAUGGUGAACAGAGUGCAGGACCACAUCCAGAGCCGCACAGUUUACUAUCUUAUGAACAUCCACGUCACACCCCGCUCCAUCUACCUAUGCCGGCAUGGUGAGAGUGAACUCAAUCUCAGAGGCCGCAUCGGAGGUGACUCUGGCCUCUCAGCUCGGGGCAAGCAGUAUGCUUAUGCCCUGGCCAACUUCAUUCAGUCCCAGGGCAUCAGCUCCCUGAAAGUGUGGACCAGCCACAUGAAGAGGACUAUCCAGACAGCCGAGGCCUUGGGUGUCCCCUAUGAGCAGUGGAAGGCCCUGAAUGAGAUUGAUGCGGGUGUCUGUGAGGAGAUGACCUAUGAAGAAAUCCAGGAACAUUACCCUGAAGAAUUUGCACUACGGGACCAAGAUAAAUAUCGCUACCGCUAUCCCAAGGGAGAGUCCUAUGAGGAUCUGGUUCAGCGUCUGGAGCCAGUUAUAAUGGAACUAGAACGGCAGGAAAAUGUUCUGGUGAUCUGCCACCAGGCUGUCAUGCGGUGCCUCCUGGCCUACUUCUUGGAUAAGAGCUCAGAUGAGCUGCCAUAUCUCAAGUGCCCUCUGCACACAGUGCUCAAACUCACACCUGUGGCUUAUGGCUGCAAAGUGGAGUCCAUCUACCUGAAUGUGGAGGCUGUAAACACACAUCGGGAGAAGCCUGAGAAUGUGGACAUCACCCGAGAACCUGAGGAAGCCCUGGACACCGUCCCUGCCCACUACUGAGCCCUUUCCAGGAGGUCAAACUACCUCUUUCCUGACUGUCUUCCACCUUUAGGAGCUUCUAUCCUUGCUCUUCUACACUGAGAAGACUCUGGAUUUGGCCUCACUGGGAGAGCCCUGCUUCCAGGGAAGAAGCCCUCAACCGUUCCAAAACAGGUGUCAUUAGAUUUCUAGCUACAACCAAGGAGCUGUCUAGCUCUGGACAAAACUUUUUUUCUUUAUUUUUAUUCCCUGAUCAAUGAAAACUUCUGCCUCUAAGAGAAGAGAGAUGGUCAUUGUGAGGCAUCUCCCACAGGAUCUUAAGAUAUUGACCCUGUGAAGUGGCUCUGGCACUGUGGGGGUGUGGAAUGGCUGAGAGCUUCCUGGAGAAAAGACUUCUGGAGUAGCACCUCCAAAAGUGAGGGAGGAGAUGGGUCUCUGUGAUUGCCUAUAGGCCUUUUUCUUUGGUGGACAGUGUGGCUGGACACAAGACACUAUCAUCCCUAUACUCAGAGAUGUACUUGGACCGCAGUGCUCCUCUCUUCUCCAACUCUUGCUGCCAUUCUGAGUGUUGUCACUGUCCAUAUAAGUAAUCCAAACAAUACCCUGGCCUUCCAGUCCCCGUCAACUCCACUCAUCACCCACUCCAUGGACAAUGGCAUCAUGUAGACUUCUCCCCAGUCUGACUUCUUAAAUACAAGCAUCCCACUAUCUGGCCACUGACCCCUAGUCCUUACAACUUUCUGUGUCAUGCACAGGAUCCGUAGCAGCACGUCUCCUGCAGAGUAGGCACAUACAUGUAGUAUUUCUGGGCAGGUACCAGCAACCCAGUGCUGAAAAGACAAACUCAUACACUACUUUCUGGUACUCUAUCCCAUCCCACCUUCUCAGGGAUGGCCUACUUCAGUCAAUUCCUGACUAUUCCUUUUCUAUCUCCUGUCCUUUUCUAUUGGGUUUUGCCCCCAUGGUCUAUGCAACAUGGUCAGGUCUCUCUCCUAUCCUAAUAAAACCCUCUCUUAUUCCUGUGUUCCCCUCUAGUUACCUCCCUCUUUGUCCCUCCAUUCUUACACAAACAUCUCAAAAAUGAAUCUAUAAUUACCGUCCAGAACCUUCUCCCUCUGCAUUCUGUUCCAGGCUUUCCCCCUCCUAUCUUUGUUCAAGCUAUUAUCCCUUUGCCUUCCAUGCUUUCUCUAGGUCUCUAUCCCACUGAAGUCAUGCUUUCUUUUUUUUUUAAUAAGCUUUAUCUUUAUUGUUGAAAGUGUUACAGAUGUCCCCUCCUUUU